CCGAACGAGCAUGGGCACAGACAGCAUCAUGCGCUUGGUAGCCGUGUCGAUUUUGCUAGCAGCGGCCUGCUUCGUACCGCUGGCCGGAUCUCAGAAGUCUGAGAUCUCGGCGAAGGGUCUCGAAAUCUCGCCGGCCCCGGUAAAGCUCGACAAAAAUCUGCGACAGGCGCUACUGAAGGCGCUGACGGAUUUGGAGGCCGAGUCCGCGGAACAGCGAAAGGACGAGGACGAGAAGUCGCUUAUUAUGCGCGUCGAGAAGAUCUUUGACGAAGGAUUGAAGAAGAAUUCGAACAACAACAUAGGCGUGAUACCGAAGAGCUCUUUCACAUUUGACGGUUUUCCGGGCGACGAGGAUAUUCCCAACGAGGAGAAGCUGCAGAAUUCGAGCUUUCUCGAGUCGAAGAAGUAUGUCGCCUCAUCGCCGGCGAUGAGUAUCGAGAAAGCGAGCCACGACGACGCCAGAAGCUUCCACGUGCACAAUAUCGUCGUUCCGGACAAGCCCGCGCCGCGAACCGAAUCCAAAGUAGAUUCGUUGGAUACGAGAAGUGUGAAAACUUUGUCGAGCUCGGCGUCGGUCAACAAGAUCGAGAGCGUCACGUUGAAGCCGAUCACGCAGAUAUCGGAAAGCUUGACGCAAAGCGCAAGUAGCGGGAUUGCAAACGCCAACGCGCUGAUCACGCCGAAACCGACCGCGUCUAGUCCAACGAUUCCUCCUCCUAAGAACAACGCUACUUCGUUGUCCUCCGGCAAAGAAAAAAACUCUCCAGUGGAAGAAGUGAAGAUCUUCGAGGCGCCUUUGGUGGCGGCCUUCACGGUGCAACAAGACGAGCUCGGCGUGCCGAAGAGCGUCGUGCCGAUUUACAAACAAUCGGGCGACGGGCAGGCGCUGACACUUCAGGAGCAGUUAGAGUUCAAGCAACGAUUAUUGGAGAAACAGUUGGCUGAGCUGCAGCAGCAACAGAUCGUACAGACACAUUUUCUUCUUAGACAACGUGAAUUGUACGAGCAGCAACUGAGAGAGAAGCAACAGCAGCAGUAUUUUCAAGAACAGGCGAGGCUCAGGCAGUUGGCAGAGGAGCGGGCCAAGCACGAACGCAUCAGACAAUUGGAGGAACAGCAUUUGAGACAGUUGGAGGAGCAGAAAAUCUAUCGAUUGCAGCAACAGCAACAUCAGCAGCAGAACUACUUCCCCCUGCAGAAGCAGCACAUUUUCGAACAGACAAACAAAUUUCUUUCAUCUCAGUCGUCACAGAAGCCGACCGUUCAUCUUCAGCCUAGUCUGUCUCUGGAGUUACCCAAUGCUGGUGCGCCACCGUUAUUCCGCAACUACCAGGAACAGCCUCACUUCCAACAAUUCCAUCAGCAACCUCAGCAGCAGUCUCCACACCAGCAACCGCAUCAACAACCGCGAUUGCAACAAGACUUCCCUUCGUUCCCUAUCGAUUUCCAACCGCCCACAUCACCGGCCACCAGAUUCAACAGACAAGAAGCCUUCAACGCAGUUGGCAACUUCGGUUUCAACAAUCUGGACAACAAGCAAGCACUUCCGCCACCAAGAAACACGUUCACCUUCAACGCAUUGCCAAAAAGUGCGCCGAGUACGUUCGUUUACAAUCCUUACGUACAGUUUCGACCACUUCCACCACCGCAGAGAGCGCAGACUCCCGCCAAGCAGAUACAACGUUUGCUCUUUCAGUCGGGCGUUGCCGGUGACCUGGGCAACGUGCAAGGACCGGGUGGCGAGGAUCUUAAUAUCGUGUCCAAAGUGCUGGCGCUGAACGUCGGCGCCUUGCCCAACAAGAACUACCAGUUCGUUACUAGUAAUCGCAAGUUGGGCAGCAGCGCGUGAGAAGAUACACAGACGGGCGUACCGAUGUAAGACUUCGACGAGUCGUGUAAAUCACUACACAGGACGAUAUUAUAGCAAGGUGAAAUCGAGCUCUCCUUCUCUGUUUCUCCGUCUUCUUUCCUUCUUCUUUGUUUCUCAUCAGUCAUCUAUCUUCAUCUAUCUAUCAGUCAUCUAUCUCCCGUCACGACGUAGUCCUUACAUAUAAAUGCCGUCUACAAUUUCUUCAGACUUUGACACCGACUUACGUACAUACAUACAUACAUACACACACAUACGCGCGUAUAAAAUCAUGAUGACAGAGUUCGCAGCGGUAAUAUAGGUAUAGCGGCGGCAAUGAGAAACGGUUAUUCACGGCGAAAGGACGCGGGAUGACUAGGUAAGUUCAAUAGUACGUGAGCUAUUGACGAUAGUAACCUUGAAUAUCAGUUCAAUUCGAGUGAAAUCGAAUCGUUGCCGCUCUCGGUGUGCAUUACGUCCACAAAACUUGCUUGCUCCUUUUUUCUUCGUCAUCCCCGACACGGACGGAAGAGCGGAGACGCGUGAGACAAUCGCGAAGCACAGAGAGCGCUCACGGGAAUCGUCACGACGAGGAAGCCGCGCGUGGUGCCUUAACAAGCGUAAUGGUAUUAAUUACGAUUGUACGUGCAUUAAAACAAGGACUUAUUGCCGGCCUUCCCGAGGAGCGCGGGAUUACGCAAGCUCGCAUUUAGUUGCGAUACGGUAGAUGUGGGUCUGUACAUAAGAUCACACACAAGUGCGAUUCCGCUUUCUUAUCCUUCUUCUCUCUCUGACCUCUGUACUUUUUUUUCUCUUUCCUCAAAUAUAAUACUCACGACACUCAAGCGGUACGUGACCAAAACCGCGCCAGCCAAACGUCGGUAAUCGUAAGAACACGCUCAAUGGCAAGUAAACACGUUACUUAUAAAAAAAAAAUGUGUAACAUUAAUAACGACGAUAGCAAUAAGUGUAAAUUAACGAAGAGAGAAUUUUAGUUCGCAUGUUUUCGAUGUGAAAAAAAAAAAAUCCCGUAUAGAAAUCGUCUCUUAGCUAUUGUAUUAUUAUUAUUAUAUAUUCUCAGAUUGAGAUUUGAAUUCUAAUAAGAACUCGACAAGAAAAUACCUCACAUAUGUGUAUAAAAAUUUAUUCUCUUGAAAAACAUCUCAUCCAAAGUCUUUUAAUUUUAAAUACAAUUCUCUCUUGCCCAGUUAGAUCAUCUUCGCGUAGAAAGAUGCUGACUUUUCCAGGGUGCAUUGCAGACAAAAUUUUCAGCUCGUUCUACAACAAACGGUUUUAUGAAAUAAUCGGUGUGUGUGUGUGUUUGUGUGUGUGAGAUAUAUAUAUAUAUUAUUGUGAGUUAGCGCCGGAAAAACUCGCUCGAGAGAUCAAGGGGGUCUCGCCGCAAAGUCGUGCAUCGAGCCGCGCAUCGCGAUUGAAAACGCUUCUUCGACUGUAAAUAAACUUUCCCCUGGCGGCACACCACUACAAUGCCGAUGAGGAAGCCGCCGCCGCCGCCGUCGCUGCUGCCGUCGUCGCGAGAGACACAUCUCGCGAAUAUAUAUAUAUACGUGUAUGUCCUCAAUUUCACAAAACGUUCGGCACAGAUUCGUUGAUUUCACCCGGCGGGCAAAUCAACAAAUCUCGUGGGAUCACCGCGGUAUAUCUCUCUCUCUCUUUCUCUUUCUCUCUCUCUCUCUUGUUUUACUACUAAAAGUUUUACUAUUAAAAAGUUUGAACUUAGAUCGAUUAUCGCGGAAUGUAAUCUCACAUUCGAGAUACCAGCGAACGAUAAUGUUGAAACUUAAACAAUUUGCAAUUCGAAUUAUACAACGGUAUUUAUUUUUUUUUUUUGUAUACUUGUUUGUUCGUGUGUAGAAAAGAAUGCACCUCUCUCACGCAAUUCUCUCAACAGCAUGUCGUCUGAUAAGAAUCGCGAAUAAUUUUUGAGAUGUUUGCGCGAACAAUGUGAAUAAUAUACGCUACGCGAAUUUACAAUGUGUUUUAUGAAUUGUAUUAACUUUGUCUUUAUAAUUCUCUCUUGUUCUUAUCUUAGGUUUUUUUGUCUCGAAUUGAUGUGGGUGCGAUGCACUCUCGGCGAGAGCGACUCUGCGUGAGCGAAAGUCGACGGCGAUUCGUUCAUAAAUGUGAGCGCUUUAUAUACGAGCGCUAGCUCAAGCUCGCGCGACUGAACAUAAAGUAAAAAAAAAAAAAAUUAUACAUAUAUAUAUAUAUAUAUAAAUAUAAAAUAACAUUAAAAUUAUAUAAAAUAAUGAUAGAUCUAAUCGAUAUAACUCGCUUAUAAUU